AGAGAACUUUCACCACCCCCAUGUCAGUGGAUUGGACCACAUGCAGGCAGCAGGUGGAGGAGUAAAGCGUAAGGACUCGCGAGAAAUCAUUCUUACACUUCAAGUGUUGGCUUGUAGAAAAUACGAAAAUACUAGAAUACUUUCAAGUCAAGCCAUAUGUAUCCCACAAAAACAUUCAUCUUCAUGACUAGUCUAUGUAUAUAAAAUAAUACUCCUACCUGAUGUCUUGAGUUUGAAUUAUUUAAAUGAAGCAACCUUAUCGAGCCACCAAUAGCAAUAAAAACAUGGAAAAAAUCUUAUGUGUUUCGUUCGUAGGUUUGCUGAUCAUAGGGGCUCAGGGAGCUGCAGAAACGUUGUCGGACGACAUUGCUGUUCUUCGAGAGCUUGAAAGCUUGGAUGUAGAAGAAGGAGAUGAUGUAGAGCUUUUCGACAACCCGUCGUUGACGAGUGAAAAGGGUAGCAAGGUUCUUGUGAAUGUAGAUGGUUUUGGAGCUGUGGGAGAUGGAGUUUCUGAUGAUACCCAGGCCUUCGGGAAGGCAUGGAAGCUGGCUUGCAACACAUCAAAUUCAGUUUUCUUGGUUCCCAAAGGACGCCGUUACCUAGUCAAUGCCACAAGAUUCCGGGGGCCUUGUUCUAACAACUUUAUAGUCCAGAUCGAAGGAACGAUUGUAGCGCCAGAUGAGCCAAAAAACUGGGAUCCGAAAAACCCGCGAAUUUGGCUUGAUUUUUUCAAUCUGACUGGUGUCCUUUUCCAAGGGGGUGGAGUUAUUGAUGGCUCAGGAAGCAAAUGGUGGGCAGCAUCAUGCAAAAGGAACAAGUCAAAUCCUUGCGUAGGCGCGCCAACCGUAAGUUUCUCCCCCUUGGUUUUCUUGAAUCUAAUACUAGAACAAGUCAUCCAAUGGUUACAUGAGGAAUUACUAGUAAGCGACAGCCCGAACACAGAUGGAAUCCAUAUAACUGCAUCAACAAACGUACUUCUUGAGAACUGUAAAAUUGGAACAGGGGACGAUUGCAUUUCAAUUGUCAGUGGUAGCUCAAAUAUCAAGAUGAAGACAAUCUAUUGUGGACCUGGUCACGGAAUCAGCAUAGGAAGCCUUGGGAAGGGCAACUCUACAGACAUGGUAACGAAGGUGGACUUGGAUACAGCAUUCCUCAAGGACACUACCAAUGGCCUCAGGAUUAAGACUUGGCAGGGAGGAUCCGGUUACGUUCAUUCUGUGCGUUACCAGAAUGUGAGGAUGGAGAAUGUUUCAUAUCCCAUUAUCAUAGACCAAUUCUACUGUGAUUCCCCAACUACUUGUCAAAACCAGACAUCGGCUCUGGAAAUAAGUAAAAUCUUGUAUCGGAACAUAAGUGGGACAUCGAAGACUGAAAUUGCCAUGAAAUUCGCAUGCAGUGACACAGUUCCAUGCAAACAAUUAAUCCUGAACAACAUCUACUUGGAGAAGAAAGAUGCCAUGGUUAAGACACACUGCAACUCUGUCACGGGCUUUUGGUACGGAUACGUGUGGCCUCUGGCUGAAUGCCUAACUUCCUCUGACAAAGACUCGAUAAUCAAGCAGACCGAAGAGGUUGAUCUCGCGGCACAGAGUAGAGAGAACCUCAUUCACACUGAGCUCUGACUUGUCUCCCUCUAGGAGGUUAAUGCUAAAUUAUUUUCAUUACUCAGAACAGAAGCAUUGACUAGAAAUUUUUUCAUGAAUAGAGUCGAACGAUACCUUCGUUUGCAGAUCAUAAUAUGAACAAAAGGACCACAUAGAACAAUUUUAUGCAAUACACUGGACAAGAAUUUGUAGAUAUGAUCUACUAGAAUAUGGGUUUUUGUUGAUUUGGAGUACACGUUUUGCUUCUAAAAUCAAUCUUACAAGAAUGAUGCCGUUUAAAUUUUAAGUUGUUUCUUGUUA